AUGACUACCCAUUUAAAGGUGCACAUUUUUCCUGGCAUUUGUCCACUUGUUCACCUCCUCUUCGUCCCCCCAACCCCCGGCAUCAGGCCUGGUACCGCUGGUCGUGGCACGACAACUGCUUGGCGAUACUGGCGAGGUGCUGUUGGUAAUUGCUAUUUUGUGCGCCGUCGUAACGACAGCCUAUGCAGAAGUGAUGGCAAUCACGUCGAUCUGCAUUUUUGA